AUGCAUUUCAAGACUAGCGACGAAUGGAAAGCGAUUAGCUGGAGUAGCUGGACGAGUUCCUCUUGGUCUACGUGGGCCAGAAGUGUUUGGGGUAAUGUGAAUAACGCGCAGAACCGUCAACGUAUAGCUGAAACGUCAGUAACGGGUGCAGCAGCGGACAAAGGUGCACAAGGUGGCCCUCAACAUCUUCUCGUUAACGUUAACGCGAGUGGAAACAAUAACAACGUCAUUAACGCUGGAGGAGAGGGCCCAGCACAGCCUGGUCAGAUCAACAUCACUGUCCACACUGGAAACUACAAAGAAUCUAGUGGUAAUCUUGCUAAUGCACAGGCUAACACUAACGCUCUUCUCCAGCCAUCUGGAUCAGGAGGACUAGGAGACGGUAGAAGUACCGGAGAUGGAUCCGCUGGAGGAAAUCGUGGAAGGGCAGAUGGGCGAGGUCACGACUCAGGUGACGCCGACUCUGACCGACUGCGGAAAAAAUCGGAUCGACACGGAAAGGGUGGCCGAGAUGGUGAUGGCGAGGAUGGUGGUUCCAGCGACGGAGAUGGAGGAAGAACUGGGAAAGGAAGAGGAAGAGGCAGAGGAAAGGGCAGAGGCAAAGGAAAAGGCUAUAAUGGUAUAGCUGAUAUUGAAGGAGGAAAUGACAGUGACUAUAUCGAUGAUUCUGGUGAUGCGGAGAAUAAGGUA